GCAGACUUCACCUUUCCAUACAUCGAUGCUGACAGCAUUUCCUCACUGGUCGGUCACGACGAUCUCAGACGACUUCGAUCUGUAAGGAGGCCUGCAGAAAGUCCAGAAAUUGCGGAGUCACAGAAGGAUACGCCGCAGAAAGUGGCGGUAACGCCACAGCCGGUGAUCCAAGAGGAGACAAAACCAGAAGACGAGAUCGCAACUGAACAGGAGGCAGAGGUGAACGAGGUGAAUGACCAAAGCGCGAAUCAGCAAGAAAAUCAUGACGACGGCCACCAAAGUGACCAGCAGUCGCAAACACCACCACAACUAGAGGAGCAGCCCCAAAAACCUCAGGACGAGCAUCUACAAGAUCAGCGUCACGAAAUCCAACUUCAAGAGCCGAUUCAAAGCACAUCUUCUUGUGCGCCAACAACAAUGGUGGAGACGUCUGAGGACAUGAAGGUGCCGUUGAUAGCAGUAUCUCGUGUGGAAAGCGUAAAGACUGUCGAGGGAGCCGUUGGUCGCUUAUUAACUGCCGUCCGUAGUCGAUCGUUACGACGAAAGAAACCGAAACAAAAAUCGGUAAGAGUAACAAGCUUGUUAUCAUAA